AUGCUCUCAGGAGUAAGAUUAGCAGUCCUGAGUUUCUAUCGCGGCCCAAGCGCAGGCAUCGACGAAAAUGAGUUGCUGAUAGAUUUUCUCCGGCACACAACAAAUCGGGCAAGUGGGGUUCUUGUCUUGGGGGAUUUCAAUGCUCCUGAGAUCGAAUGGGAAAUGGAGUAUGCGCCAGUGGGCAGCUUUGGGGAUGAGCUACUAGAGAUGAUGCAUGGAUUGGCGCUCACCCAGCACGUCACCGAUCCGUCCCGAUGGCGACUGGGUAACUCUCUCAGUACCUUAGAUCUUGUGUUUACCAAAAGCAGGAAUGACAUCAAGAUCACUGCCAUAGGUGCACCGCUAAACAGAAGUGACCACGCUAGUAUCCGGUGCCAAUGCGGCUGUGCUCUUCCGUUUUCUCAAGUCAAAUUGAGACGACGUUAUGGACGCAUGAAUACCGAAUGUCUUCAGGCUGCAGCUCAAACCAUGGUCUGA